AUGGUACAAAGCAUAAGAGAUCGCACCCCCCUCCCAUCCAGCUCCUUCGGUCUUUUACAGAACAUCCCGUACUUCCCCCCAAAGGAAUCGGCAAUAGCUCAGCGGCAAAGUGAGUGGACCCGCUUUACAUUUGUUCGGAAAGAUGGUAGGAGGAAUAAGGAGGGAACAUGUGUAAAGCAUGAUAAAAACCUCUUUGAUCCUUCUACAGAUCACCACACAUAUCUCUAUGCCUCCAAGCAUGUCCCCGUUCCUCUACUCACUCUCGUGAUAACAAGGGAAAGGCGUGUCUCGAGGACCUUCUCCGUCAAUCGCGAUGGCUCCAGAACCCUCCACACUCCAGAGACUUCUACGACCAACCAAAAAAAACACUAGCUUUCUUUUAGCAACCCUACAUACCAAUAGAAAAGAAGUCUUUCAAAACUCCCUUAAACCUGAAAUCCUCAAUCACAGUACGGUGGCCACCGGCCCCAAAACAAGCCCUACAACUUACAAGCCACAUCACCGAUCCCGCUUCGGCCAAUCUCGGACCUCCCACAUUUCUCUACCUCAGCUAAUAGCUUCUACAAGCCUUGCUGGGCAAAAGCGAGAGAGAACGAGUCCAUCCGGCAAGCACCACCCCCGGGUACUCAUUCCUUGGCUAAAUAUAAUUGGUAUCAGGGAGGGGAUGUAAUUGAAGCCUGGGCCGCCAUUGCCAAUCGCGCCAAUGUGAGUGUUCCCCCAUAGCGUUCCCAAACACUCCAUUCGGCAGAGCCGAUGGAGGAAGAUAGUGAGUUGUGGUUGGUCGUGGAAGUUGCAGGAAUGUUGUAGUCUGUUUCUUUUGCUCUGGUGUUGCUUUGAUUUAGGGAGAAGCCUCUAUAAACAUGUCUUUCCUUUGUUAUCGCGGGAGUGCGCGAGGUAUCGGGGGACACUCGCGGAGGGAAACGAAUAUGUGUGCAAAGCCACGGAAGAAUCAGGAUGGAUACUUUAUGCUUUAUAUAUACUC